AUGGUGGUUGCAAUCUCAUCUCUUUACUCACUUCCUCAUUUCAACCACGAGUCGCAAGCGCAAGAGAGACGACUACAUGGGCGAUUGGGACGUCGUCGAGGAGAUUCAGGACCCCGACGAGUAAAAGAGAUGAAAGAAGUAGUACCGAAGGCAACGAGAACGAAGACGGCUGGUACUCUUCGCGAGAAGGAGUACAAGAAAGGCAAAGUUCUUCGAUCUGUUGUCUGUCGACUGAACAGGAUGUGCGCAGACAAACGUCUUGUGAAGGAGAUCAAGUGCACUGCGCUAGCCAUGAAGCCGAUCCAGAUGGAGACGUGGCACCUCGUCAACCUCCACACACUGCGCAGUCUCAAGCACGAUCUUCCAUUGCCAGACUAUGGCAAAACCUUUUUCGACCAUUGUGGCCUCCACACUCAGGCCGGAUUGCGCGAAGGCGCAAAUAUGACAGGUUUCUCAGAGUUGAAACAGGCUUUGCGACAGCAACUAGUGGUCAACGCUGGCGUGAUGACUCGAGAACAGUUUCGGAAGCGGUUGAGGGCAUACGUACUGAUCAAGUUCGGGAAGACGGGAGACGACCUGAGCCCAGCCAAAUAG